AUGAAGUCUUCGGUUCUUGUCUCGCUGGUCAGCGGCAUUGGUGCUGGGCUUGUGGGCGCCUCUCCGUUGGACGAACUACUUGGUCGUCAGGCUGGGUGCCCCCGCGACAACUGUCUUCGCGCUGUUCUCGGCUCUCGGCCUGGGCCAGAGGUGGCGAUGCCUGACUGUAGUUCAUGGAUGCAAGUCACCGUUACUCCUUGCGCGUCAACUGUAACGCAGACAGCGACCGUCACAUCCUUUACCACCACUGUCGGCAAUACUUUCCCCGGACUUAAAAAGAUGAAGCGAGAGGAACUUGAAGGGCGCCAAGUCUCAUCGACCGCCGCCGGCGGUGCCCCAUCCUGCACGCCCUCGCAAAACGGCCCGGGAAGCAUGCCGGACUAUGUCGAAAAGGCCUGCCAGCCUCUUGGAACGCUUGCUCCCGCGGCCCGCUACUCGACCGCCUGCUCCUGCGGGAGCGUCACUGCCAGAACGACCACACUGCCCGCAUCAUCUGUAGUCACCGUGACCACCACCACCACCGUGCUGGCCGCGUACACACCCACCAACACCCCAACAGCAUUUGUGCUGCAGGCGACAUCCAACAGGGCUCUAUACGUGAGCGUGGACAGCGCUGGCGCCCUGCGUCUGGUGCCCGACGCCUCCGUCGCCACACCGUUUUAUGUCGAUAACGAGGGACAGAUGCGAAACUACAAUAGCCCGAACAAAACAUUGGUCAACUACUACGAGCCCGACCCCGCCACCGCCAACGACAAGGUGUACAGCGCCGUGCAGGGCAGUGGGAAUUACCGUAUUAAUUGUUUCAAUGUGGGCCGUGUUGCAGGCGCCUACUACGGCGGCUGCACGUCGAGCGGCUCGCCUACUGGCAAUCCCGUCGUGCACGGCUUUGGAUACUGCCCUAACCACGGAGGAUUUGUAUACAUGAUUCCGAACAACUCUAACGUGCGCUGCUUUGGAGGAGGUUAUGCUUUCGCAGGCUUCUACUUGGCGACGUAUUCUGGGCAGUAG